CGCCGUGUCCACUCCAUCGAGCUAGCUUGAUCGAUCAGUGAAUUAGUUGAGUGAUAGCUCAGUUAGUUAGCUGAUUAACGUGCUGCUCGUUGCAGGAGCCGUCGAGCAAUUGAGCUAGCUAGCGAUGGCAACCUCGAUGGCUCGCCGAUUCGUGGCGGCGGCGUGCGUCGCGGCCGUGGCGUUCGCGCUCUUGGCAGCGCCCAGCAGCGGGCAGCUGGACCCGCGCUUCUACGACAAGGCGUGCCCGGCGGCGCUCCCCACCAUCAGGAGGGUGGUGGAGGAGGCCGUGGCGGCGGAGCCUCGCAUGGGCGCCUCGCUCCUGCGCCUCCACUUCCACGACUGCUUCGUCAACGGGUGCGACGGGUCGAUCCUGCUGGACGACACGCCCUUCUUCACCGGCGAGAAGAAGGCCUCGCCGAACGUCAACUCGGCCCGCGGCUUCGACGUGAUCGACCGCAUCAAGGCCGCCGUCAACGCCGCCUGCAGGGGCAACGUCGUCUCCUGCGCCGACAUCGUCGCCGUCGCGGCACGUGACUCCGUCGUCGCGCUGGGAGGGCCGUCGUACAACGUGCCGCUGGGCCGCCGGGACGCGCGCACGGCGAGCCAGGCGGCGGCGAACAACAGCAUCCCGGCGCCGACCUUCGACCUCGACCGCCUCGCCUCCAGCUUCGCCUCGCACGGCCUCUCCCUCCAGGACCUCGUCGUGCUCUCGGGCGGCCACACGCUGGGCUUCUCCCGCUGCGCCAACUUCCGGGGCCGCCUCUACAACGAGACCGCCGCGCUGGACGGCCCCCUCGCGGCGUCGCUCCGGGCCGUGUGCCCGCGCCCCGCCGGCAGCGGCGACGACAACCUGGCCCCGCUCGACCCGACGCCCGCACGGUUCGACGGCGCCUACUUCGCCGCGCUGCUGCGGCGCAGGGGCGUGCUGCACUCGGACCAGCAGCUGUUCGCCGGCGGCCUUGGCGCCACCGACGCGCUCGUGCAGUUCUACGCCGCGAACCCCGACGCGUUCAGGAGGGACUUCGCGGAGGCCAUGGUGAGGAUGGCGAGCCUCGGCCCGCUCACCGGGGCCAGCGGCGAGAUCCGCUACGACUGCAGGAAGGUGAACUACUCCUGAGCGAGUGGUGUUCGUUCGCGCGCGCGCGCACGAUGAGCUUGCGGUAGUGUACUGUUCAGUCCAGAACUGUCGUCGCGUCAAACGGAGUGGUUAAAGUUCAGUUACAUUUUCUACAUUCACGUCCUGAUAUUAGUAACUUUUUUUUUGGUUAUUUUUGUUUCAUCAUGUGUUGUACUACGCCUUUUCAGUUACAUUGGUUGAUGAAACAUGGGUGUUUCUAAGACAGAUGGAGGAUGAUCUGCAUCUUAUUGGUAA